UUUCUUUUCUUAAUAUAUAUUUUUGUCGUUAUCUUUAUUCAUUACAUUAUCUCCUCUUGUUAACUUUAUUUAAAAGAAAAAGCGAUGAUCAAGUCGCCUCUCGCUCAGUCGUCGCCGCCAUGCGCACAGCCAACACCUCCGCUCGCGCGCGCAUGCACACCUACGUGGCAACAUCAGAGAGCGUUCUCAACAAGCCCCUUUCCGAGGCCGAUCCGGAAAUGUUCAAAAUCAUCGAGCUUGAGAAGGCGCGCCAACGCACGAGCAUUUGCCUUAUCCCCAGCGAAAACUUUACAAGCCGCGCAGUCAUGGACGCCCUGGGCUCAGUCAUGCAGAACAAAUACUCUGAGGGAUACCCUGGCGCGCGCUACUACGGCGGCAACGAGUUCAUCGACCAAUCAGAGUCCCUGUGCCAGAAGCGCGCCCUCGAGACGUUCCAUUUGGAUGAGAACCAAUGGGGAGUGAAUGUGCAGAGCUUGUCGGGCGCUCCGGCCAAUUUGUACGUUUAUGGCGCGCUGAUGAAGCCGCAUGAUCGACUGAUGGGCCUGGACCUGCCCCACGGCGGGCACCUGUCUCAUGGGUUCCAGACGCCCACCAAGCGCGUGUCAUACUCGUCGGUGUAUUUCGAGACUCUGCCGUACCAGUGCAAUGAGGAGACUGGGAUCAUCGACUACGAUGCGCUGGAGAAGUCUGCCAAGCUUUUCCGCCCCAAGAUCAUCGUUGCCGGCGCCAGCGCGUAUGCGCGCACUAUUGACUACGAGCGCAUGCGCGCCAUUGCCGAUUCGGUUGACGCGUACUUGAUGGCCGACAUGGCGCACAUCUCGGGCCUCGUGGCGGCCGACGUCCUCGCGUCGCCAUUCAAGUUUGCAGACAUUGUCACGACGACUACCCAUAAGUCGCUGCGCGGGCCGCGCGGCGCCAUGAUCUUCUUCCGCAAGGGCGUGCGCAGAGUCAACAAGAAGGGCGUCGAGAUCAUGUACAACCUCGAGACGCCAAUCAACCAGUCCGUGUUCCCAGGCCACCAGGGCGGCCCGCACAAUCACACCAUUGCGGCGCUGUCUGUGGCACUCAAGCAGGCGCAGGGUCCUGAGUUCAGAGAGUACCAGCAAAGGGUGCUGGAUAAUGCCCAGGCCUUUGCGCGCACCUUCCUCGACCUCAAGUACAACCUGGUCACUGGCGGCACCGACACGCACCUGCUUUUGGUCAACCUGAUUGCCUCGCGCAAUAUCGACGGUGCCCGCGUCGAGCGUGUACUGGAGAUGGCCAAGAUCGCAGCCAACAAGAACACGGUUCCCGGAGACCGCUCCGCCAUGGUGCCCGGCGGUCUGCGCCUGGGCACGCCGGCUAUGACAACCAGGGGCCUGCGUGAGGCUGACUUUGCUGUGGUUGCUGGGUUUGUUGAUCGUGCAGUGAGCAUUGCUCAGGAGGUUGCAAAGACUGUGCAGUCGAAGAAGUUUGUUGACUUUAAGGUCGCCCUUGGAGACGAUGUUGCUGCUAUUCCGGCGCUGGAGGCUCUGCGUAGCGAGGUCGUUGAUUUUUCAAAGAGCUUCCCUGCUGUUGGCUUCUCUGUCGACUCGAUGGUCUACAAGGACUGAGUGUGAAUUUUUUUUUCUUUCUCAACACAAGCCACAUGAGACAAAGUGAACAAAAAGAAAAGGUGGGCGCUCACAUUUUUAUUUUUUUUAUACAAAGCGGGCUUUAUGAAAUGCAAACUCUUGUCUUUAUUUUCUUUUGCUUUUAAAACAUGUAUAUGCAGAAAAUAAUAAAUAUUUUGCUUUCUAAACGUG